AUGACCUUAUGUCAAAUGUUCUUCGAUGGUCUUCUUCUGUAUUGUUUCUUUCCUAGUUUUGGUAGCGAUAAUACUUACAUUGUCACAGAAAUAGUAUGUCAUUUCGAGGACGAGGUGGUGGAGGAGGAGGAGGAGGACGGAGUCGUGGAUAUAGAGGAGGAGGAGGAUUUCGUGGAGGACGUGGUGGAGGUCGUUGAAGUUGGCGAGUUCACUCAUACUUGCGAGGAUGACAUUGUAUGCAAGUGUACGUGUGGAAAGAUUCCUUUUUUUAACGCGCCUAUUUAUUUUCAAAAUAAGGAAAAAAUUGGGAAGAUUGAUGAGAUCUUUGGCAGCUUGUUAGAUAAUGGAUUUUCUGUUACUCUAUCAGAUGGGAUCAAGUCUGCUUCAUUCAAGCUGGGCCAGAAGCUUUUUAUCGACCCAGCCAAGCUAAUGCCUAUCGAAAGGUUUCUGCCUGGGAAUACCCAUGGGGGACGAGGUAGAGGUGGACGAGGCAGAGGUGCGGAUCGUGGCCGUGGUGGACGAGGUGAUCGUGGAGGAUUCCGUGGUGGACGCGGUGGUUCCAGUGGAGACAAAGGUGGAAGAGGUCGCAGCGGAUUUGGAAACGACCGAGGAGGUCGCGGUGGGUUCGGAAAUGAUCGAGGGGGUCGCGGCGGGUUUGGACACGAUCGAGGAGGUUACGGCAGAUCUGGAAAUGACCGAGGAGGUCGUGGCGGAUUUGGAGGAGAUCGCCAUGGCGGCAACAGAGGUUUUUUUCUUCGCUGA